AUGGCGGACAGAAUGAAGUCGGUUCUGCACCUGGUCAUCUCGCCGGAGCAGUACGGCUUCAUUCCGGGGAGGCGGCUGUCGGACGCGGUGGCGAUGGUGGCCGAUAUCAUAGACACGGCAAAGAACCACAAUGAAGACUGGUAUCUGCUUCUGGUGGAUUUCCAGAAGGCGUUUGAUUCGGUCUCGAGGGAUUUUCUUUUCGAGCCGCUGGCCUUGGAGGUGGAGAAGCGUAAGCUGGGGCUGGAGAAGGAGGGUCACCGGCUGGGUUAUCUUGGUUAUGCGGACGACACUACUUUGGUCAUGUAA